AAAGUCUUCACAAUUGAUUUGUUUAUAUAUUCACUUGGCUUUAUGGAUUUCUGUAGAGUUGUCAGAGACAAGAGCUGACACAGAGGCAGCAGCUUAGCUGAAGAGUCAGAAGCAACAGAGGUGCAGUCAUAAAAUUUGCAGAGUUAGAGAGAGAGUUUGGAGAGAGAGGUGGCAAGUGGCAAUGGCAAUGGCAUGCAGCAGAGGCAGCGGCAGCACUGUAAUCAGAACCAUUAGUUUUAUCCAUGUACAGAAAAUUCUGCAGCUCUAUGGUCCCUGAAAAUAAAUAUACCUAUCACCUACUCUACUCUCUCUCUUUCUCUCUCUCUCUCUAACCCUUCUCUCUUUUGUUUCCGCACUCUAAAAUCGGAAACAAACCAGUCUCUGGUUUCAUCUUUUCUUUCUCUCUUCGUCUUUGGUUUCUUUGAAAAACCAAGCUCCUUUUGAUUUGGGAAAUAAUUAAAAAAAAUAUGAAUAGCACUGGAAGAAACAGCCGGUUUCCUUUCACUCCAACUCAGUGGCAAGAGCUUGAGCACCAAGCUCUUAUCUACAAGUACAUGGUUUCUGGAAUCUCCAUCCCUCCUGAUCUCCUCUUCUCCCUCAAAAGAAGCACCUACAACUUGGACUCCCCUCUCCCUCCAAAGCUCUUCUCUCACCACCCUCCUCACAUUGGAUGGAACUGUUUCCAGAUGGGAUUAGGGAGAAAAAUAGACCCAGAGCCAGGAAGGUGCAGAAGAACAGACGGGAAAAAAUGGAGGUGCUCAAAAGAGGCGUUUCCGGAUUCGAAAUACUGCGAGAAGCACAUGCACAGAGGGAAAAACCGUUCAAGAAAGCCUGUGGAAGUUCUGAAAACAUCUCAAAUUUCAACAACAAACUCAUCAGACACUUCAACAAUUACCACCAGAAUCAACACUUCUUCUGCUUCUCCAAGUCCUGCAGCUUUUCAUUCCCUUUCAUCAUCACUCUCUUCUCUCUCCUCUGAUUCCCACGCUUACCCUUUCCUCUAUCAUCAUAACUCACCUUCUCCAAGGCCUACUGGAAUCGGAUUCCCACAUCAAGAGAGAAGCACUACUUCCUUGUUUUUGGACUCUGGUUCUUAUCCCCAACCCAGCUCAGAUUACAGGUAUGCUUAUGGGAUGAAAGAGGAGGUGGAUGAACAUGCAUUCUUCUCAGAGCCUUCAGGCACAGUGAGAGGCUUCUCUGGCUCUUCAUCCAUGGACGAUUCCUGGCAGUUCACACCGCUCACAAUUAGUACUUCUUCGUCUUCGAAACAGAGAAGCUGCUCUGCUUUUCAAAGUGAUCAGCAGCUUCAGAGCAUCAAACAUCAAAAGCAAGAUCAUCAUCAGCAGCAGCAGCAUUACUAUGCUUUGGACAGAAACGAAGGAUCCCAGAAGACCAUUCAUCGAUUCUUCGACGAAUGGCCCCCGAAAGAUAAAGAUUCAUGGCUCGAUUUGGAUGAUAAAUCAUCAAACAGCGGAUCGGUUUCUACAACCAGGCUCUCAAUCUCCAUCCCUACUUCUGCUCAUGACUUCCCCAUCUUCACCUCAAGACAUCAUAAUAAUGACUGAGUUUUCCAGUACUGGUUUUCUGAACCAAAGGCCAAAAAUGUACUUGGUGUCACUAUUUUAUUUUAUUUUUUAUAUUUUAUUUAAUCAUGUCUGAAUGUGGUUGAAUCAGAUAAUUGUGUUUUAAAUGAAGGAUCCUAAGUGUCUCUCUGGCAAACUUGUGUUUUAAAUGGGUCUGCCAAAUAUCUGGUUUC